GGAAGAGGCGGGGGCCAGAGAGAGUGAGGGAGAGGGAGCGAGAGAGAGGGGGGCUCAGUGGGUUCGGGCCGCUCUCGGUGCCGCCGCUGCCGCCAUUAGCCUAGUGGGAGCUGUGAGUUGCUGGCUCCAGCUGAGGAUUCAGAAUGGGAGACAAGCCCAUUUGGGAGCAGAUCGGUUCUAGCUUUGUACAGCAUUACUACCAGUUAUUCGAUACAGACAGGACUCAGUUAGGAGCAAUAUAUAUAGACGCCUCAUGCCUUACGUGGGAAGGACAGCAAUUUCAGGGCAAAGCAGCUAUUGUUGAAAAACUCUCAAGCCUUCCUUUUCAGAAAAUACAGCACAGCAUCACAGCACAAGACCAUCAGCCCACACCCGACAGCUGUAUACUCAGUAUGGUAGUUGGACAGCUUAAGGCCGAUGAAGAUCCUAUUAUGGGAUUCCACCAGAUAUUUCUAUUAAAGAACUUCAAUGAUGCUUGGGUUUGCACCAAUGACAUGUUCAGGCUAGCGUUGCACAACUUUGGUUGAGACGGCAUCCCCGAGGCACCUGUCAUUAUUCUUUUCUCCUCCUUACAGAUAUUAAUCACACUUAACGGAACAUUCCAAAUAUCAUACACAAACCCGCAACACCACAGCGAGUGGACGAGCGAGCGAGAUCUCUGCCAGCGUGCCCUCCUGAAGAGUUUUAUGUUGUGUCACUAGAAGAGUUCCUUGUGCAUGAUGUUUGGAAGUUUAGACUUAGCUGCAUUUGACAAGGGAAAUGUGUGUCUUACCAGCAUGCCUCGGGAAGCAUCCAUAAUGCAAAAAAAGGGUUUUGUUUCUGUACUGACAAGUUUCUCUAAAUAACCCAAAGAAACAAAAAAAGGAGAGAAAAGAACAUCAGCCUGAAUGCAGCUCAGAUACUGGGGUGGUUUUUUUUUUUUGUUCAGAUGUUUCAGUGCUACAUUAUACAAUAAAACCAUGACAUUUUCCUAACAGUUUAAAUUGUUGGAUGUUCAGUCUCUAAUUAGAGAGUUUCCUACGCUGUCUGAAUACCUGGCUUGGGAACAAGUGGCUGGACAAACCUUUUCCAGCUCUUAAAGCCGUCACAGGUGUGUGGUGCUACUUUUUGCCAUUGUUUAAAGGCUUUAAAUCUGUAUUAAUUGUUAAAGAAUGUGCUCCAUAUAUCCGGGGGGGGGGGGGAGGACUUCAUUCCUUCCCCUGAAACCAUCAUAACUGAGACGCAUGUUUUGUGCAAAUUAGACAAUGACACUGAACCGCAAAGCAUUUUCUUCAGACUUAGA